UUUCAUACCGGAAGCGACGACGGCGAAGGUCAAGAAUUAAACAUGGCGCUCCGUGGUGCACUGAGGUCUGUGUACACCUCGUUUGCGGGGUUAAAAUUAGGAACUGCAACCUCUAACGUGGGUGUGUUUCAGGGGAUAAAUGUCCCUCGGCUCUGUGCUGUGACCGUCCCGAGCAGAGGGAUCCGCCAGGUGGUAGAGAAGCAGGAGGGUAAAACAACAAUGAUCGAGGGACAAAUCGUCGAAGUCCCAGUAGGACCACAACCUCCAAACCCCACAGCCAAGUGUCCUAUCUACAGAUGGGACCUUCAGAACAAAUACAACUACACGGACGUCUUGCUCCUUAGUCAGUUCAUCAGGUCAGAUGGAGGGAUGUUGCCCAGGAGAAUCACUGGUCUCUGUCCACAGGAGCAUCGCAAGAUUACCAUUUGUGUGCAGAUGGCUCACAGAGCAGGUCUACUACCUGACCACAAACCCAAACUUCCUGAAGGCCAUGUCCCAAAGAGGCCCAAGCCACAACUUAACAGAUAUUUGACUCGCUGGUCUAUUAACUCUGUGAAACCCAUCUAUAAAAAAGGACUCAAGUGGUGUAAGAAGCGUAUGCUUGUUGGCCACCCAGCACUCAAGGACAAUGUGUGUUACGGUGUCAAGCCUCUUUACAUAAAACACUGAAGGACAAAGGGCCUGAUGAAUCAGUACAGCAGCUGUUGGAAGAGUAGGUGGGCCGAUUACGCACGGAUGCAGUGGAUUUCCACGUCUGACUUUUGUGAUAGUGCCCUGGGAAAAGGCCUAAACACUUCAUCCAUCUGUUAAUCCACCUUUUGUUUAGGAAACUGUAUCACACUUUGAAUAAAUCACACUCAUCCAUUUCUUGAGAUGAACUCACUGACGAGUUAAUGUGAACAACAACUGGGUCAGUGUUACGUUUUCAAAGUAGGUGGUAUGUUGACUGUGUAAACUCAAGGGAACACAGAUGUGCAAAUAAAAUGUCUGUUUAUUCUA